CCGAAGACAAAACGUCAUGUUGUUGGUUAAUGUAUUACGAUUUGAAUAACUAUUCUGUGCAGAUGUCUAUUUAUUCAUGAAAUAUACUAACGAUUUUGUCUUCAAUAUUUUACCUUGUACAUGAAACAAAAUUGAAUCCAUCAGUUUACUUAUGUUUAAAAGAGCGCGGAGUCACAGUUUAGAAGAUGUGGAGAUAAUUAUUACGUUCAACAUAAUAAGAACGAAGAUUCUCGACAGCCAGCAUUAUCCAACGCAUCAAAGUUUAUUGAAUAAUCUUUUUUUAUAAAAUGGCCGGCAAUUUUUGGCAAAGCUCUCAUCAUCAACAAUGGUUGCUGGAUAAACAAGACUUGGUUAGAGAACGUCAGCAUGAUUUAUCAAUAUUAACGGAAGAAGAAUAUCAGAAAUUAUUCAUUUUCUUCUCUAAUUUAAUACAAGUUUUGGGAGAGCAGUUAAAGCUAAGGCAGCAGGUGAUAGCUACUGCUACAGUUUACUUUAAACGAUUUUAUGCCCGCAAUAGUUUGAAAUGCAUAGAUCCUCUAUUAUUAGCUCCUACUUCAGUUUUCUUGGCAUCAAAAGUUGAAGAAUUUGGAGUAAUUUCUAAUACCAGACUAAUAACAAUAUGCCAAACUGUAGUUAAAACUAAAUUUAAUUAUGCAUAUUCACAAGAAUUUCCAUAUCGUACGAAUCAUAUUUUGGAAUGUGAAUUUUAUCUAUUGGAGCAUUUAGAUUGUUGUUUAAUCGUAUAUCAACCAUACCGUCCCUUAUUAACAUUAAUUCAAGAUGUGGGGCCAGAUGAUCAAUUACUUACUCUUGCAUGGCGUAUUAUUAACGAUAGUUUAAGGACUGAUGUAUGUUUAUUAUAUCCACCUUAUCAAAUAGCAAUUGGUUGCUUGCAAAUAGCCUGUGUAAUAUUGCAAAAAGAUCAUAAGUCGUGGUUUGCAGAAUUAAAUGCUGAUAUGGAAAAGAUUCAAGAAAUAGCACGAUAUAUAAUAAAUUUAUAUGAGUUAUGGAAUAGGUUUGAUGAAAAGGAAGAGAUUCAAGGCUUAUUAUCCAAAAUGCCAAAACCAAAAGCUGCACCACAGCGCUGACAACUAGUUCUCUCUUCGCCAAACG